AAAUAUCCCAAAUACCUUCCAUCUCCAUUGUUAUUCAUUGUUAUUUUUCUUUUUCUUAUCAGAUAUGGGAGAUCAGAGGCAAAUGUUUCGUUUUCGACUCCCUUGGCUAUCAGCAGCUACUGCUCCGCGUCCUGCAGCUCAACCACAACCUCGACCUGCAGCUCAAACUCAAGCCCCUGCGCAGCCAACCACUACCAUCCCUAUCCAACGGCCACCAUUUCGGCCUGCAGGGAUCGCCCCGGUACAGACCACUCCUAGCCAGGGUCAAGCACCACCACAAAAAACAGAACCUCCGCCAGCCGCAACUUCACGUGCAGCCACUGAAAGCAAAGCUACUUUACGGCCAGCAUCACCGCCUCGCCUGACAACUCAAAUCAGAGCUGCCUCAGUUCCACCAUCACCAUCUCCUAGAGCCACUGAAACUCAAGUCACUUCUCAGCCAGUAGCACCAACUCGUGCACCCACACAAGCAAGGGCUGCCUCUGUGCCUCCCUCCCCAUCUCGCAUUGCUUCCCAGCCCCAAUCAACAGCGCAGACAGUGUCCGAGCAACAAUCUCCAUCCCGUUUGGCCUCUCAGCCACCAGGCCAAACAUCUUCACAACCCUCUUCUCCAUCACGUAGAGCCACGCAAGGAAGGUCUCAGCCUCCAAGUUCUACUCUACCCCCAUUAUCUGCCUCACAAGAAACCACCUUUCGACCAUUUGGCGUGGCAGUAGAGCCUUCACAGGCAUCAGCCCAAGUAAAAGAAGUUGCACCAAUUAUUGCAGCUACAGAAACACCUUCAGCACCACUAAAGCCAAAGGAAAGGGAAGAAAGAAAAAAGGCUGCUGAAGAACGGAGGAAAGCAAAAACAAAGGGUUCAACUUAUGAAGAGCCAGAGCAGAGAACAAUUACUAAACUUCUUGCUGCAGCAGCAGAUGCUGGGACAAAAACCAGAGAGCUACUGGGGGCAGCUUUUGAGACAGGAAUAAGACACCAGGAAAAGCAAGAAGAUAUUGAACGAAAGAAGACAUGGACAACCUCAAGCACUGAUGAAAAACAAAUCAAAACUGUGAGUUCAACAUAUCCAAAAGAAGGGAGCACGCCAACUAAUUCUCAUCAAAAGCAUGCCACCUCCACUUGGGAACAAGUUCCCCUGCACAAAGAGAUCAGGGAAGAUAUUUCUAAGUUUGUUCAUAAGAUGGCCACAGGGCAACCAAAGCUGCCUACAGAUGAAAAAUCAAUCGCUGUUCUAACCCUAGCAGGAGAAAACAGAGGAGCAUCAUUUUAUAUGGGUUCAGAAUCAGCCAAAAAGGAUGGAUUAGUCCACAUUCACCGGGGUUAUAAGAUCAACCCAGAUGACAGCCCUGAUGCGACUACCACUGAUGGAGAAGGAAGCUCCAGGGGAAGAAAGCCUAAGGAUUCAAUGACCAGAGAAAAUCCAGCACCAAGAGCAUAUGUCAAUAGUAACACACAGAGCAUCAAUAAUUCAGUUGUGUUUGAAAGUUCUGUGAACGAAAGAAAUCCUGGCGUUCAUCUGGAAUUUUUACAAAAUUCAGCAGAACCAACCAUGUCUAAUGCAAAGGCAGGGCCUCUUGAGACACGCAAGGCUGAAUUUAACGUUACCCCAGCAGAGAAGCUUACAUAUGAGCCCACAGUAAGAAGAAGAUGCCUCAGAGGGCUUUUUGCGGAACCAAGUGACUCGGACCCUGAUAAUCCUGAAAAGCCUCGGCGACAUGGUUGUCGCUACAGCUGCGGGGAGAAGAACAAAGAAACAGAGAUAGGGGUUCUCUGACCGUAUAAUUUACCUAUCACUUUGCAUGCAGCAUGUGCAUGCGUGAUAAAAAGAAUGAUUAUGAUAAAUUGAUAAUAAGGAUGCCAUAUUGUCCAAAAUCAAGCUCCUGAGCCCAAUGGCUUUCGUAUUUUCAUGUUAUAUUAUUAUGUAAUGUAAAACCCAAUGCACUUUGUACUGCAAUUUGCAAUUGAAUACCUACUUAUAGAGGGAAAAAGUUGCUAUAACAACAUAGUUCUCUUA